AUGCUGGUGGUCCUACUGACAGCGGCCUUGUUGGCCAUGAGCUCUGUUCAGAGCUCAAAUGCAGCAAACAUCUAUGAAGACUCUCCUUCGCAACACUCAGAGGAAGAACAGCAAGGUCAAGGCCCUGAUCAGCCUCUUCAGAGACCCCCAAAACCUUCUGCAUCUGAAGAAGAUAGUAAUGAUGAUGGUGAAGAAGAUGGAAACACAACACACAGACCACCACAACAAGGAGGUGAUCACCAGAAACCUCGUCCUCCUAAACCUGGAAACCAAGAGGGAGGCCCUCAGCAGAAUCGCCCUCCUAAACCUGGACACCAGCAAGGCCCACCCCAGCAGGAAGGCCAGCAACAGAAUCGCCCUCCUAAACCUGGAAAUCAACAAGGCCCACCCCAGCAUGCAACCAUCUAUGAAGACUCUCCUUCGCAAAUCCCAGAGGAAGAGCAGCAAAAUCAAGGCCCUGCUCAGCCUCUUCAGAGACCCCCAAAACCUUCUGCAUCUGAAGAAGAUGGUAAUGAUGAUGGUGACGAAGAUGAAAACACAACACACAGACCACCACAACAAGGAGAUGACCACCAGAAACCUCACCCUCCUAAACCUGGAAACCAAGAGGGAGGCCCUCAGCAGAAUCGCCCACCUAAACCUGGACACGAGCAAGGCCCACCCCAGCAGGAAGGAGAGCAGCAGAAUCGUCCCCCUAAACCUGGACACCAGCAAGGCCCACCGCAGCAGGAAGGCCAGCAGCAAAAUCGCCAUCCUAAACCUGGUAGCAAUCAAGGCCCAGCCCAGCAGGAAGACCAUCAACAGAAUCGCCCUCCUAAACCUGGAAAACAUCAGGGUCUACCCCAGCAGGAAGGACAGCAGCAGAACCACCCACCUAAACCUGGAAACCAACAAGGCCCACCCCAGCAGGAAGGCCAGCAACAGAAUCGCCCUCCUAAACCUGGAAAUCAACAAGGCCCACCCCAGCAGGGUAGUGAGGAAGAGUCAAGUUCCCUGUAG